AUGGCCGACAACGAAGCCCGCGUGUACGGCGACCUGCUCGUCACCAUGACCACCCGCUACGCCUGGCGCUGGGACGACAGCGGCAGCGGCGGCUCCACGCCGGGCGCCUUCUGGCACCCUGUGGCGCAGGCCGCCGGCGCGCUCAAGCCGCUGGGCAGCGUGGUGUUCCGCGCCUACGCCGACCCGUCCGGCACGCGCGCGUCGCUGCUCGUCGGCCAGGCUGCCACCAGCACGGCGUCUGCAUCCGCGCCGCCCGCCGUGGUCGCGCCCACCGGCUACACUCGCCUCUGGGUCAACGAGAACAGCGGCGCGCGCCGCACCGGCUCGCUGUGGCGGCCCGUCGCGCCCGCCGGCUACGUGGCCGUCGGCGACGUCGCCCACAGCGCCUGGGACGCGCCCAGCACCGACCUGGUGUGGUGCCUGCGCGCCGACCUGGCGUCCGCCGCCGCUGCGUUCGUCGAGCCCGCUGCGUGGGACAGCCGCGGCUCCGGUGCCCGGGACGACGUGUCCGUCUGGCGCGUCGAGCCGCACGCCACCAGCUCCGUGGGCGGCCGCCUGCUGCCCAUCCUGGCUGACACCUUCCGCGCCGCCCGCGGGCUCGCCAAGCCCACAGCCGCCGUUGCCGCCGGUGCCGCGCUCGUGCCCUUGCUCGCGGUCGAGAAGCACUUCGUCCCGUUCCGCGCGCCGCUGCCCGACCUCGACCCGCGCCGCCUGCCCGCGCCCGGCGACGUCUUCAGCAAGAUCGAGCAGGCCCUCAUCGCGCUGCCGUUCGUGGCCUUCCUCGACCCCACCGACCGCGACAGCGUCGACAACGUCGACCGCCCCUUCUGCCUCAUCUGCAUGGCCACCGCCUGGUACAACACCGCCACCCACCGCAACGACUCGCUCGCCAACCUGCCGCGUCUCGACCGCGCCCCCGUCGGCGUGCCGCCCGCGCUGUCCGACCGCCUGACCCGCUCCACCGGCGCCAGCGUCUCCGCCGCCGCCGGCCUCGCCGCGCGCUUCGCCACCUCGCUCAACUACCAGUUCACCUCCGACCAGCCGCCGCGCCCGACCUACCCGGAGUUCGUGCCCGGCCUGCGCGCCCUCGACUUCGUCGUGCCCCCGCUGUCCGCCGCCGCCGUGUUCGCCCACCACAUCUGGUUCCGCGUCACCCACGCCGAUGAGAAUUGGAUCAUCGGCGAGAUCGAGUUCCACGCCAAUAAUCCCCUGAAUUUUCGUCUCGUGUCUCUGGUGCCUACCGCCGCCGUGGACGCGGCUGCCACUGAGACGGAGGAUAAGGAGACUGAGACUGUGGCGGCGGCGGCCGUGGCGGUUGCUGGUUCGAUGGAGGAGCUAAAGCUUUAG